ACUUCUACGUCAGCUUUGUUAAGUGUGAAGUAGUAUAGUCUUAAACGUUAUUUCAUUUUAAUUGGUAAACAUGCACGCAACGCAGAUUAUGUAUCGGGCUAUGUUAUGACUGUAUUUUGUUGCAUACUUAAACAUUGUUUACCAAAGUUGAUGUUAAUUAAAACAUUAGAUGCUUGAAAGGAUUUAUUCAGUGUCAUCUAUUUAUUCAGCGUCUUGGUUUAUCUCAGUGUAUAGCUACUGGACUAUGAAAAAGUGACUAAGUAUUAAUAACAAAACAUUAUGUGGUUCAAGGAAACUACCCGUGAGUCAAUAAUGAAGCAAUGUUUACUUAUUCUGCUGCUGUUGUAUUUCAAAUCUGCCAGUUGUUGCAACUAUCACAAAUGUCAGACUUGUUCAAAUGCGAAUUCCUGUACAACAUGUAAAGAUGGGUACUACAUUCAUCAGGGCAAUUGUUAUGAUUGUCAGUAUAAAUGUCAGUCUUGUGCAAACUAUAACUAUUGUGAAACAUGUAAAGAUGGAUACUACAUAUAUCAGGGCAGUUGUAAUAAUUGUCAGGAUAAGUGUCAGACUUGUACAAACUCACACUCUUGUGCAACAUGUAAAGAUGGAUACUACAUUCUUCAAAACAAUUGUUAUGCUUGUCAGGAUAAAUGUCAGACAUGCUCGAACGCAAAUUCAUGUACAUCAUGUAGACAUGGAUACUACAUGUAUGGGAACAAUUGUUAUGAAUGUCUAAAUAAAUGUCAGACUUGUUUAAACGCAUAUUUAUGUACAACAUGUAAAAAUGGAUACUACUUGUUUGGGAACAAUUGUUAUAAAUGUCUGGAUAGAUGUCAGACUUGUUCAAACGCAAAUUCUUGUACAACAUGUAAACAGGGAUACUAUAUGUAUAGGAACAAUUGUCAUGAAUGUCAGGUUAAAUGUCAGACUUGUUCAAACGCAAAUUCUUGCACAACAUGUAAACAGGGAUACUAUAUGUACAGGAACAAUUGUCAUGAAUGUCAGGUUAAAUGUCAGACUUGUUCAAACGCAAAUUCCUGCACAACAUGUAAACAGGGAUACUACAUGUAUGGGAACAAUUGUCAUGAAUGUCAGGUUAAAUGUCAGACUUGCUUAAACGCAAAUUUAUGUACAACAUGUAAAAAUGGAUACUACUUGUUUGGGAACAAUUGUUAUAAAUGUCUGGAUAGAUGUCAGACUUGUUCAAACGCAAAUUCUUGUACAACAUGUAAACAGGGAUACUAUAUGUAUAGGAACAAUUGUCAUGAAUGUCAGGUUAAAUGUCAGACUUGUUCAAACGCAAAUUCUUGCACAACAUGUAAACAGGGAUACUACAUGUAUGGGAACAAUUGUCAUGAAUGUCAGGUUAAAUGUCAGACUUGUUCAAACGCAAAUUCUUGUACAACAUGUAAACAGGGAUACUAUAUGUAUGGGAACAAUUGUCAUGAAUGCCAGGUUAAAUGUCAGACUUGUUCAAACGCAAAUUCUUGCACAACAUGUAAACAGGGAUACUACAUGUAUGGGAACAAUUGUCAUGAAUGUCAGGUUAAAUGUCAGACUUGUUCAAACGCAAAUUCUUGCACAACAUGUAAACAGGGAUACUACAUGUAUGGGAACAAUUGUCAUGAAUGUCAGGUUAAAUGUCAGACUUGCUCAAACGCAAAUUCGUGUACAACAUGUAGAGAUGGAUACUACAUGCAUGGGAACAAUUGUUAUAAAUGUCAGGAUAGAUGUCAGACUUGUUCAAAUUCAUUAUCUUGUACAAAAUGUAGAGAUGGAUAUUAUGGCUCAUAUUGUUAUAAAUGCCCUGAUAAUUGUCUUACUUGCUCUGAUGUAAACACAUGUACUAGGUGUAAAGACGGUUUCUAUAAUGGCAGAUCAUACGACAGCGAUAUAAAUAAGAUUUUUAAUAAUUGCCUUCAUAAAUGCCAAGAUAACUGUAAAGCUUGCACGUCCUAUAAUAAGUGUACCUUGUGUCAAACUGGAAAAUUUGGAACUACCUGUCAAAAUGAAUGUGGACUUGGUUGUGAAAAUCAACAGUGUGACUUAAAUACUGGAUCUUGUACUUGCAUACCACAUGUUCAAGGUGAUAAAUGCGAUCAAUGUAAUAAUGGUAAAUACGGUAUUAAUUGUGAUAUUCCAUGUCCCAAUGGAUGUGCAAACAAUAAUUGUAAGAUUAAUGGCGAUUGUCAUAGUUGUGUACCUGGACUGGUCGGUAGUAAAUGCGAACAAUGUAGCAAUGGUAAAUCCGGAAGUUUGUGCAAUAUUCCGUGUUCUAACGGAUGUGCAAAUAAUUUAUGUAAGCGUACUGGCGAAUGUUAUAGUUGUAAGACUGGCUUCUCUGGGGACAGGUGCAUCGAGUGCAAAAACAGUAAAUACGGUAGUGAUUGUGACAUCCCCUGUCCUAAAGGCUGUGCAAACAAUACAUGUAAAAGCAAUGGUGACUGUUAUAGUUGCAAUUCUGGGUUUACUGGAGACAAAUGUGAUAAAUGUAUUGGCAGCAAGUAUGGACAUGACUGUGAUAAUGACUGUCCGAUAAAUUGUACAAUUUGUAGUUCACUGACAAAUUGUACAGCUUGUGCUCAAAGACACUGGGGUAAUAUUUGUCAACCAUGUCCUCCAAACUGUUUGAAUUGUAGCUCUAAUAGUACAUGUAUGUCAUGUGAAACUGGCUUCUACGGGCAAAUCUGUAAUAGGCAAUGUCACAAAAAUUGUCGCGACGGUCGUUGCGAUGAUAUAACUGGACGUUGCGUUAUUGGAUGCAUCGAUGGGUUUUAUGAAGAUAAGUGUGAUAAGAAAUGUAACCCUAACUGUGUUGAUACAUCGUGUGGUCGAAAAUUCGGGGAAUGUUUACACGGAUGUAAGACAGGUUUUCAGGAACCAAAUUGCACACGAGCGGUAGCUCAGUCACAAUCUGAUGGAGGAAAUAAGGGUGUAACAAUUGGCGCAUCCGCGGGCGGUGGGCUUUUUCUGGUGAUAAUAAUUGUAGUUAUUGUUGUAGUCUUACUUCUAAAAAAGCGCAACAAGAAACAUACACAUGAGAAAAAAGAUGCGACUGAAGUUAAUGAUGAUACAGAUAAUUUAGUGGUGACGUACAGUAGAAUCGUUACUCCAAGUCUACAUGUAGAACAAAAUGAUGCAGAUGUAGUGUACGCUAUGCCUAACAAACUUAAGAAAAAUGUCGAUACGGUAAAAUCAUCAAACACUGAUACACCUACAAAGACAGUCAGCAAUCCAAACUACGAGAAACCUCAUGCCGCCAACGACAAUACUAUCAGCAAUCCAAACUUUGAGAAUCCAACAAACAACGAUACAAAUGUACGCAAACAAACAGAUAGUAAGCCACGAAUUGCUGCUAAACCAACAUCAGUCUAUGAGAAUGCUGCUGCACGAGGUUCUGUCGCAAAGAACUCAACAUCAAUGAAAGCGAAGCAAUUAGAUGACUCCAUGUUGGAAAUUGAGGAAGAUAUUGACAAUAUUGCAAGAUCUAGCAACGAUAAAUCGGUUGCACAGCCUACAACAGAUUCUGAGGUCGCAGACACCUAUUACAAUGUAACAGCAGUGAAAAGGAGAAAAAUUAAACUCGAUCAGUUGCCUAAUUGUGUUUCAAAGAAAGCAAAAGAAGACUUUAUUGAAGAAUUCCAGCAAUUGCCUCCUGGACUUAUCAAACCAUAUAUAGACUCACAGAGAAAAGUUAACCUUUCAAAGAAUAGAUACAAGGGAAUAUACCCAUACGAUGAAACCCGAGUUGUAUUGAAAGAAGCUGAUUCUGACUAUAUCAACGCAAGUUAUAUUGAUGGGUAUAACAAGAGAAAAGCUUACAUCGCAUCUAUCGGGCCUACAUAUAAGUACAUGGGAGAUAUGUCUGCUUUCUGGAUUAUGGUCUGGCAGGAGAAAGUAGGCAAGAUUGUCAUGUUGACUAAACUUGAUGAAGGAGGGGCGCCAAAAUGUGACCAGUACUGGCCGGAGAAAGAUUUUAGUUUGAAGUAUGCAAGUAUACAAGUCACGUGUCAAAGUGAAGAAAGCUAUGCUGACUAUACCGGCAGGUCCUUUACUCUCCAGAAAGAUUCGGAAAAACGAAAAAUCGUUCAAGUUCACUUUACGGCAUGGCCAGAUAAAGGUACGCCUGAUGACGUCACAAGCUUGAUAGAAUUUCGUCAGAAGGUCAUCAGUACUAAGACUGAACUAGAAGGUCCUAUACUUGUGCACUGCAGUGCCGGUAUAGGCAGAACAGGAACGUAUAUUGCCUUAGAUAGCCUGACAGAGGAAGGUGAGGCUGAAGGUGAAGUUGAUAUAUACGCAUUUGUAAGGAACAUGAGGGAGCAGAGAGUUAACAUGGUGCAAACUGCUGAGCAAUACCAAUACCUUCAUAAUGCACUGGUACACACGCUGACGUUUGAUAGCAAGGCUGUGGAGGCUUCAAAGUUUGAUAAAUACAUGACAUCACACACAGAUGAUCAUCUUGGGGAAAAGUUUGAGAAGCUCCAAGCGUUUGUUGAACAAAGCUCAGACGAUGAAGUAGAUGCCGUUAAGAGAAACCAAGCUUUGAGAAAUAAAAACAGAGUCGGAGCGGAUAUUCCCGGGGACCGAAACAGACCUAAACUGUAUCUAGAGAGAAAACUGGGUUCCUCCGAUUAUAUAAAUGCAGUGUAUGUUAACAGUUAUACAACCAUUAACCGUUAUAUGGUAGCCCAGACACCUCUACCAGACACUGUUGUUGACUUUCUAACACUAAUUAUACAAGAGAAAGUAGCAUGCAUUGUCAGCAUGGAAACCGAUUCUGUCGAUGACAAGACAAUUGGAUUAUAUUACCCGGCUGAUAACCAGACACUUAAGAAAGGCACGUUUACAGUCAAGUCGGUGAGAGAAAAUGACACAGAGCAAUAUGUGAUAAGAAAAUUGGAAAUUGUACACAAAGGAAAGUUUGGUACAGAAGACGUCAGAAUUCCACAUAUCCAAUUAACACAGUGGAAUGAGAACAAGAACAUUCCUGAAGAACCAGCAAAGUUUGUACAGUUUGUAAAAGAUGUGGAAGUAAAGUAUGGAGGGAAUCAAUCAAAGGGACCGAUAUUGGUGCAUUGUCUAACUGGUGCGGAGAAAAGUGGGUUAUUUUGUGUCGUUUCCAACUUGUUAGAGAAAACACAAAUUGACCAGGAAACAAGCGUAGUGAACGCAGUGCGUCAAAUCAAGUAUAGGCGACAUAUGUCAAUUCCAAAUAAAGACCAGUACACUUUCUGUCACCAAUGCGUCAACGAAUAUCUUCGUACCUUUGAUAUCUACUCCAAUUUUGAACUCAAAACUUGAUGCCCAAAUUAUCAUCAAUGCCGGAAAUACAGAACAUGUAACAUAAAAUAUAGCCAAAAUCCAACUAUGAGUAUUGGAUGUCUAAUACUUAGUGGAAGCUCGACGUAGAUGUAUAUGCGAUAGGGAUACAUCGUUCGUAACCUUAGAAACAGCAUCAAGUAGAUAACUGUUACAGUAAUAUAUAUGCGUCUAGUUUCAAUUUAGUUGUAUAUUUAUUUUGUAUACGUUUUUGUAAAUACGCAAUUAAUAUUGCGCUCACUUUGUAUAAUAGAAAUAUGAUUAUACUUUAUUUUUUUAAAUAUAAUACAAUGUGUUAUACUGUUGCUUCGUUGGAAAUGAAUAAGUGUUAAUGUUACUUUGAUAUUUGAUAUUGACUAUGGAAGUCCAGCUGCGCUAAAACAGGUCAAGAUUGACUGUGACCGUUUUUAGCUCAACUAUUCAAAGGAUAGUAGAGCUAUUGGACUCGCUCAUGCGUCGGCGUCGGCGUCCGCGUCGGCGUCCACGUCCGCGUCCCGAUUUGAUUAAGUUUUUGUAUGUAAGCUGGUAUCUCAGUAACCACAUGUGGGAAUGGACUGGAGCUUCACACACUUAUUUACUGUGAUAAACUGACUUAUUUGCACAGGUUCCAUAACUCUGUUUUGCUUUUUUACAAAAUUAUGCCCCUUUUUCGACUAAGAAAUUUUUGGUUAAGGUUUUGUAUGUAAGCUGGUGUCUCAGGACCCACUUAUGGGAAUGGAUUGAAUCUCACACACUUGUUCACUGUCAUGAUCUGACAUGCAAUGUGCAGGUCCCAUAACACUACUUUGCUUUUUUUUUUAAUUAUGCCCCUUUUUCGACUUAGCAGUUUUUGGUUAAGUUUUUGUAUGUAAGCUGGUAUCUCAGUAUCCACUAACGGGAAAAAACUGAAACUUCACACACUUGUUCAUGGUCAUGAUAUGACGUGCAAUGCAAAGGUUUAAUAAUUCUACUUCGCAUUUUUACAAAGUUAUGCCUCUUUUUCAACUUAGCAGUUUUUGCUUAGAUUCUUAUAUGUAAGCUGGUAUCACAGUACCCACUAAUGGGAAUGGAUUGAAACUUCACACACAUUUUCACUAUCAUGAGCUGAUAAGCACUGUGCAGGUUUCAUAACUCUGUUUCCCAUAUUUACAAAAUUAUGCCCCUUUUUUUACUUUUGUAUUCAUUCAAUUGACAAGGCUGUUGAAUAGUCGAGCGUUGCUGUCCUCCGACAGCUCUUGUUUUUUUCCCCUUUUCUUUUGAACUUGAAUGGGAAUGAAUAUUCGAUCUAGUUAUAGGCUUCAAACAUUAAUUAUUUCCCUUGACGUAGUUACACACUACUGGCGCAUAUACAACGUAAAAUGUUGUGUCAGGGAUGAAUGAAAAUGUAGGCGAUAAAAAUCUUCAUUUUAAACUGUAGCCUGUUAAGUAAAACGGUUUAGUCAAGUCCGUUAUGCAUCAAGCUAAGGAAGCGACACAGUCUGGUUGCUUAAGGAAUGUAGUUGCUUAAAACAGAUGGCCGCUAAGACAGGUUCAACUGUAUGUCUUGAACAUUUGUUUUGUGGUAGAACGAGGCUUGUGUUAUUGCGAAUAUGUACGCCCAAGUCCUUAAAAUGACUUUUGUUCAUUUUAUAAAAAGAAGAAACUUAUGGUAUGUUAAUGAAACAAUAAUGUAAAUUAUAUCAUUUUGAGACCAACUAAUGCUUAUUAACUUUGUUUACUAUUUAUAUAUCAUUUAACAACUACAUAAACUAUGGGAAAUCACUGAACAAAAUUAAAUUGUCUUGCACUAUGAUAUCAUUGACAGUGUUAUCUUAUUUGUUAAAUGUACCUUUACGUGUAUAUAGAAGAUUUUCCAUGACACUUUAAUUUUCUAUUUAUAGUUUUGCUUAAGAUUUGCAAACAUUUGUUAAAUUUCCAAUAUAUACUAAAUUCAUUAAACUUAAAACUAUA